CGUAGACAGGAUGUGUGAAGUGAAAACAGGCUGCGCUGCCAGCAUUGUUCGAGUCACUUCAAUAGAAAGCCAAAAGACGGAGUGGAUUCAUUUCACCUCCUGACUGCCUUUGGGGUUCAUGUUCGACGCUUGAUGGUUUUUCUAUUACUUCAAAAUAACUAGGAAAAAUGUUUUUCCAUUUGAUUCUUUUGGUUGUUUCUGUGAUGACGUUCCAGCCCAGCUCCCAUAGGUCCGGCUGUGAUCAAAACUGUGCAGAUAAACCUCGCUUCACUCCAUCCAGACUGGUGGUGCAGUUUGGGAAGCCGGCCUCCGCCCACUGCUCCGUGUGUCAGCCUGGAUGCAAUGUCACUAUAUUUGAUAUUGAAAUUCCUAUUGGAAACAGUACAGCAAAUGGAACUGAGAUUACAUGGAAGGUCAACAAAAUGACUGAGUGGAACAUUUAUUUAAUGUGCCAUUAUAACAAUGACACUACUGAUGUGCAGUGUUGCAUCUUCCUGCCUAUAACUGUCUACACGCCUCCAGAGAAUGUUUCCUUCAGCGUUCACCCUGGUGGGCCGAUGUCUGAGGGUCAGCAGUACACUCUGCAGUGUGAAGUUCAGGAUGUUGCUCCUGUGGAAAACCUCAGAGUGACUUUCUACAGAGGACCGACGGCAUUGGGUCCCACGCAGAGCAGCAUAAACACAGAUGAGAAACCAGUGAGUGAAGUCUUCACUUGGAACAUCACCUCCACUAAAGAAGAUGAUGGAGUCGAGUUCUGGUGUGAAGCAAAGCUGGAGCUGGGAGCUGACGGACCACAGCCUCCUCCAGUGGUGGGGUCAGAGAAACUCACUGUUGCUGUCCUCUAUUUACCUUCAACCACACUGCCGACAACAACAUCAACCCCAUCCACCACAAUGAUAACAACCAUAUCAACCCCCACCACAAUGAUAACAGCCACAUCAACCCCCACCACAAUGAUUACAACCACAUCAACCCCGACUACCACAAAGACAACAACAACAACAACAACAACAACAACAACAACAGCAACAACAACAACUCCAAACAGAGCGCCUCCAGAGAAUGUUUCCUUCAGCGUUCACCCUGGUGUGCCGAUGUCUGAGGGUCAGCAGUACACUCUGCAGUGUGAAGUUCAGGAUGUUGCUCCUGUGGAAAACCUCACAGUGACUUUCUACAGAGGACAGACGGCACUGGGUCCCACGCAGAGCAGCAUAAACAAAGAUAAGAAACUAGUGAGUGAGGUCUUCACUUGGAACAUCACCUCCACUAAAGAAGAUGAUGGAGUCGAGUUCUGGUGUGAAGCAAAGCUGGAGCUGGGAGCUGACGGACCACAGCCUCCUCCAGUGGUGGGGUCAGAGAAACUCACUGCUGCUGUCCUCUAUAAGCCUCAGCGAGAGGUAUCCAUAACUCCGGAUCUGAUCAUCCUCACAGAAGGAAACCCUUUGAAGCUGAACUGCUCGUCGGUGGGAAACCCCCCACCAUCGUAUGAAUGGACGCCGCCAUCAAGAAUCACUUCCCCCUCUAAUGGCAGCGUCUUCUUCAUCAACUCUAUAACUCAUAAAGAUGAAGGGUCAUACACCUGUUACGUCAGCAAUGAAAAAGGAUCAAUCGCUGUUGAGUUUGACGUGAAGGUCCAAGCCGACAACCGCAUACUCAUCGUAGGUCUGGUGGUAGCCGCUGUUCUUCUGGCUGUCAUUGUGGGGGUGGCUGUAUUUAUCAGUUACCAUAGAUACUAUAAAGAGGGAGCGUACAACCUGCUGUGGGAUCGUAUUCGUUUACACACAACACACAGUUCUAUUCCCACUGCUGAGUAAGUCUGCUGGAGACCAUGGUUGCAGUCGAAUAGUCCAAAAAUCAGCUUCUAUCGUCUUUUCCUAUCCAUUAUUCCUUGACCUCUGUGUGAAACGUCACGGGGUUAAGGGAUAGUGGAUAGAAGAAUUAAAAAGGACUUAGGAAAAGAGACUGCGGUGCUUUGAGAAUCCGACUUUGACUAUCCGACGUAUUUAUGAUGCGCCAUGCGGACGUCAUGAAUGUGCGUCUGCUGCUGUGGGGAAACUACAGUUUUCUAUACAGCGGACUACAACAUGGAUGUAGAAUAAGAACGACGGACUACUGUAUUUUAUGAACGUGGACAACAGUGUAUAUUCUUCAUGAACAAGGUUGGAAUUGUAAUACAAAAGUGAAGUGAAA